UGGACAAAAGAUGUGAAUUCUCAAUUAACUGAGGCAAUAGCAUGACCAAGAAUCAUGUGAAAAGAUGUUUGUUCAACCUUACUAGUGUUAGAUAAAUGCAACUUGAAAUGAGAAUUUUUAUCUCUAAAGAUUUACAAACAUUAAAAAGAUUGAGACAGGGACUUCUCUGGUGGUCCAGCAGCUAAGACUCCAUGCUCCCAAUGCAGGGGGCCUGGGUUCGAUCCCUGGUCAGGGAACUAGAUCCCGCACGCCACAACUAAAGAUCCCACAUGCCACAACUAAAGAUCCCGUAUGCCACAACUAAAGAUCCUGCAUGCCAAAACUAAGACCUGGCACGACCAAAUAAAUAAAUAAAUACUAAAAAUAAACAAAUGAUUGAGACAAUUGAUGAGGCGACUUCCACCUCGGGCCUUUUUCUAUGCUCCUUGUUGGGAACUGCCUGUAAGUGACAUCCAUCCAAGCGAGAAACUAGCAUAGGUUGCUGCGAAAUGAUUGUGCAGAGGUAGCCCCAAGAUGGCAGGGGAUGGUCUGGGUUUUCUGGACUCCGUGUUUUUCUGGUAAAGGAACCCUGAGGACUGAUCAGCUCUUGCAGGUCUAAAAUCAUGGCCCAUGGACCAAUAACAUUCAAGUAUGUGGCCAUAGAGUUCUUUCAGCAUGAGUAGGAAUUUCUCGACCUCGUUCAGAAGAAGUUGUACUGCAAUAUGAUGAUGGAGAACUAUAGUAACUUGGUCUUACUAGGCCAUUCCAUUUCUAAGCCAGACAUAAUUGUGUUAUUGGAGCAAGGAAAAGAACCCUGGAUGGUUGUGAGGGAAGAAACAAGAAACUGGAGUACAGAUUUGGAUUCAAGUUAUAAACUAAUCAGUGAUAGAAAAACGUUUAUAGCUGGAAAACAUUCAUCUCUUCUUCUGCAUCAGAGAAUUCAUAGUAGUGAGAAACCCUAUGAAGAUGAAGAAUGUCGGAAGGCCUUUAGUUAUGCCUCAAACUUUGUUCAACAUGGGAAAGUUGAUAUUGGGGCAGACAGCCAGGACUCCAAGAUGGAAUCAGUUGUACCACUGAAGAAGAAGCUCCUGAAUGUCAAACUGAGGGAGCUGACAAGCUGGAUACUAAUGCGGGAUUUCAUCCUUAAAGGAACUGCUGGAGCGUUUCAGAGAGGUUGUUACUGGUAUUACAAGUAUUUCAACAUGAAGAAAGGGAGUAUUGUAGGGCUUUCUAUGUUGCUGGCAGCUUAUGUGCUUUUCAGCUACUGCAGUUCUUACAAGGAACUUAAACGUGAGCAGCCAAGUGAGUACCUCUGAAGAGGGCAAACUCUGCAUUCCUGACCAUGACUUUUGCCCGGCACCCCUGAAUCCUUUCAUAUCCUGAUGCAGAAUUAACACCCAAGAAAAGAUGACUGGUUAAAAAAAAAAAAGGUCUCUCUUAGCAACUUUCAAGUAUGUAAUACAGUAUUAUUAACUAUACUCACCAUGCUGUACAUUACAUACCCAUGGCUUAUUUAUUUUAUAAUCGGAAAUUUGUAGCUUUUGACCACCUUCACCCAUUUCACCCACUGCCUCUGGCAACCAUCAGUCUGUUCUCUGUAUCUAUGGCUUCAGUUUCAGUUUUUUGUUUUUGAUUUUUAAAAAAAAUUUCACCUAUAAGUGAGAUCAUACAGUAUUGGUAUUUGUCUUUCUCUGUCUGACUUCACUUAGUAUGAUGCCCUCGAGAUCCAUCCAUGUUGUCUCAAAUGUCAGGAUUUCCUUGUUUUUACGACUGAGUAAUGUUUGAUUGUAUAUGUGCCACAUUUUUUAAAAAUCCAUACAUCUCGUGAUGAACUCUUGUUUCCUUGUCUUGGCUAUUGCAGAUGGCGCUGCAUUGAACACUGGGGUACAGAUAUAUUUUCUUUUCUUUUUAUUUUUAAUAAAUUUAUUUAUUUAAUUUAUUUAUUUUUGGCUGUGUUGGUUCUUUGUUGCUGUGCAUGGGCUUUCUCUAAUUGCAGCGAGCGGGGGCUACUCUUUGUUGGGGUGCGCGGGCUUCUCACUGUGGUGGCUUCUCGUUGCAGAGCACAGGCUCUAGGCACGUGAGCUUCAGUAGUUGUGGCACGCGGGCUCAGUAGUUGUGGCUCGUGGGCUCUAGAGCACAGGCUCAGUAGUUGUGGCGCAUGGGCUUAGUUGCUCCGCGGCAUGUGGGAUCUUCCCAGAUCAGGGCUCGAACCCGUGUCCCCUGCAUUGGCAGGCAGAUUCUCAACCACUGCGCCACCAGGGAAACCCCAGAUAUAUUUUCAAGAUAGUGAUUUUGUUUCUUUUGGAUUGUUGACUUAAGAAAAAAUGUACAACAUGAGAGUUGCGAGUUAAAUUUUGUUUGGGGCAAAAUGAGGACUAUAGCCUGGGAGACAGCAUUUCAUAUAGCUCUGAGAAACUGCUCCAAAGAGUGGGGGAGGUCAGUAUGUAUGUAAUUCUGGUGAAGGGGGAGCACAUGCAAUCAAGUACAUAUUUUUUUGCAGAAGUUUACUGCUAGUCACAAGGAGCAGACAUCACCCUGAAGGAUUUUAGUGCUUUACUAGAUAUGAGGCGAUAUAAGAAUUGGGCUCAUAAAAUCAGCUCCUGAAAAUACCUAACUAUCUGAAGACCUGUUCUGCCAGUUUUCCCAGAGCACGGAGAACCUCAUUUCUGCUCUCCACCCUGAACUCCUUUCAGGGGGUGUUGAAAGUCAGCAGAUGCAGCAGCACAUGAUUUAAUCCUUGUAGAGGUGGAUGGCAAGUGCCAAUUUGUGUUUGACAGGAUGCAUGCCAGGAAGUGGAUCUGCUGGGUUAUAUGGUAGUUCUAGCUUUGAUUUUUUGAGGAACCUCCAUGCUGUUUUCCGUGGUGUCUGCACUACUUUGCAUUCCCUCCAGCAGUACGUAAGGGUUCCCUUUUCUCUGCGUCCUUGCCAACACUUGUUAUUUCUUGUCUUUUUGGUAGUGGACAUUCUUACAGGUGUGAGGUGAUAUUUUAUUGUGGUUUUGAUUUGCAUUUCCCUGAUGACUGACUGGUGAUGUUGGGCACCUUUCCCUGUGCCUGUUGGCCAUUUGUGUGUCUUCUUCGGAAAAACGUCUGUUCGGAGCCUCUCCCCUUUUUUAAUUGGGUUGUUUGUUUGCUUUUCUAUUAAGUUGUAUAAGGAUUUUUUAAAAAUAUAUUUUGGAUUGUAAGUCAACCAUACUCCAAUAUAAAAUUUUUAAAAAGACCGAAAAACUCAAGUGUUGGGAAGAAUGUGGGGAAAAGAUUAUUUUUUAUACACUAUUGGUGGGAGCAUAACUCGGUAUGCCUUUUUAUUUACUUUUAAUUAAUUAGUCCUUGUUUUU